AUGUCCGCGACAGACUCCUUCACGCUCGACACCCCCACGGUGCUCUGCAUCGCUUUUGCGCUCUCGUUCAUGCCCAUUGCAUACCUGCUCAGCAAGACCUUUAUCCCGGCGCAUCGGACACGCGACCGCAUUCUGUUCUUCUGGCACGCCUACGACGCGCUCACCCACUUGUUUAUCGAAGGUAGCUUCCUCUACGAGUGUUUCUUCAGCUACGCGACCAUCGCGGGGAUCCACAACACGGAGCCUUUCUUCCUCAACCGUGCAGACCGCAUUUACGGCCCCGCGUACGGCUCCGGGCCCAGUGCGCGCAUGUGGCAGGAAUAUGCCAAGGCUGACCGUCGCUGGGCCGGCGCCGACCUCACCGUUGUCUCAUUGGAACUGCUGACCGUCUUCCUGGGCGGUCCGGCCGCAUUGUACACCUGCUAUCUGCUGUACCGUUCGUCCAACCCUAGCAUCAGCGCGCCGGCUCGCGGUGCCGCCAAAGGUUCGCUGUGGCUGGUCGCUUCGGCGCUCGCGACUGCGGAACUCUACGGUGGCUUCAUGACUUUUGCGCCCGAGUGGCUGACUGGCAGCUCACAGCUUGCCACGGAGGAUCCGGUCUACCUGUGGCUCUAUCUAGUCUUCUUCAACACCCUCUGGGUGUUUAUCCCUAUUUGGGUUCUGUGGGAGGCGGCUAAGGAGCUUCGCGGGGCAUUUGUUGCGGCCGAGGCAGGCUCCAGCCGCAAGAAGCAGUAA